UUAGUAAAAGAAACAGGAUUUCAUCUCUGAACCCACAGGCCUCUUGUCAGAAAGCAUACUGUCAAGCUAGAUUCUGAGGCAGGAGAUGAUUAUUGCUAGAGGAAGCCCCGACAGGCUGCUAUGCCUGUGUCGAUGCCUGUCUUAGCCACCACUGAAGACCCCUUGCCUUUUUUCUUGGUUCACCAGACCCAGUUCAAAAUGUAGUUCAGGUCCUGGAGAAGCAGUACCUAGAAGAAAAGAGAAGUGCCUUGGAGGAGCAGCGGCUCAUGUAUGAGCGGGAGCUGGAGCAGCUCCGCCAGCAGCUCUCCCCUGAGAGGCAGCCACAGAGCAGUGGCCCCGACCGCCUGUCCUACAACAGCCAGACAGCCCAGCAGAAGGUGACCCAGUGGGCAGAGGAGAGGGAUGAACUCUUCAGGCAAAGCCUGGCAAAACUACGAGAGCAACUUGUUAAAGCAAACACCCUGGUGAGGGAAGCAAAUUUCCUAGCUGAGGAAAUGAGCAAACUUACUGACUACCAAGUGACUCUUCAGAUUCCUGCUACAAAUCUCAGUGCCAAUAGAAAGAGAGGUGCAAUAGUGAGUGAGCCAGCUAUUCAAGUGAGGAGAAAAGGAAAGAGCACCCAAGUUUGGACCAUUGAGAAGCUAGAGAAUAAAUUAAUUGACAUGAGAGACCUUUAUCAAGAAUGGAAGGAAAAUAUUCCUGAGGCAAAGAGACUGUAUGGGAAAAGGGGUGACCCCUUUUAUGAAGCCCAAGAGAAUCACAAUCUGAUUGGUGUGGCCAAUGUGUUCUUGGAAUGCCUCUUUUGUGAUGUGAAGCUUCAGUAUGCAGUUCCCAUCAUCAGCCAGCAGGGGGAGGUUGCAGGGCGUCUCCAUGUGGAAGUGAUGCGGGUUACAGGAGCUGUCCCAGAGCGCAUGGUGGAGGAUGACUCUUCAGAGAACUCCAGUGAAAGUGGGAGCCUUGAAGUUGUUGACAGCAGUGGAGAAAUCAUUCACCGAGUCAAGAAACUGACGUGCCGGGUAAAAAUUAAAGAGGCAACUGGGCUGCCCUUAAGCCUCUCCAAUUUCGUUUUCUGUCAGUACACAUUCUGGGACCAGUGUGAGUCUACAGUGGCUGCCCCUGUGGUAGACCCUGAAGUGCCUUCACCUCAGUCCAAGGAUGCCCAGUAUACAGUGACCUUCUCUCACUGUAAGGACUAUGUGGUGAAUGUCACAGAAGAGUUCCUGGAGUUCAUUUCAGAUGGAGCACUGGCAAUUGAAGUCUGGGGCCACCGAUGUGCUGGAAAUGGGAGCUCCAUCUGGGAAGUCGAUUCUCUUCAUGCAAAAACAAGAACAUUGCAUGACAGGUCUGUACUUGGCUGUGAACUUUAGACACAGGGUCAAGACUGGCACUUGGACAGUAAUUAAAAAUACAAGAUACGAUAGGUUGAGUAUACUGAAGCUCCCAUCUACUCGGGAGGCAGAGAUUAGAAGAUUGUGGUUUGACGCCUGCU